UGGCCAGACAAGCCAGUGGACCAGGACUAAACCAUGAAGACAGCGGUCCUAUGGGGCCUGCUGGCCCUGUUGUGUCAGCUCAGACUGGGGGCCCGGGGCCAUGCGCUGCCCAGACCGUACUCUACCACAGGGGACCUAGCCCAGCUCAAGUCUCUAUUGGAGCGUUUGGAGGAGUCGCUGGCCGGCGGGGCCCCAGAAGACAACACCCUGGUGGAGGAGGAGGAGUACGACGGGGCCGACCAGGGGCCAGACAGGGCCCUGGUCGGCCCAGAGAGGCCCCAGGAGCCCGCUGCGGGGGGCUACGGCCGGACGGCGACCCUGAGGAGCCGACUGCAGGACCUGCUCAUGGCCACUAGGAGCCGGACGUCGGCCUGCUUCGGGGGCCGGAUGGACCGCGUUGGGAACAGCAGCGGCCUCGGGUGCAACAACGGGAGAGGCUGAAUGAUUGAGAGGUGCAUCAGAGAACGUUUUCACUGUCUCUACGAUCUUCACUCUCUUUAUCUAGAAGUUGGCAACCCUCUGCUCUGACAACACUUCGAUGAUAUCAUGUAGUAAAUGCGACUGAAAUCGCAUUUCAAAACACAGGUUUUCAGGAAUAUGCUUUUAAAUAAGUUUGGGUCAUCUUUUCCAUUUGCAAUUGUUCCAAGUAAACUGAAUGUAAAACAGUGUUUUUUUUCUGAAUAAUCUGUGUGGUUUGGACAUUUGGCUGUACAUUUGAAAAUAAAAUAAAUACAAAGGAUCUCGGAA